AUGUUGGAGUUGGAUGAUGGUAAGAUUGAUACAAGUUUACAAGUGAGUUCAUCAACAUUGUCACCAGAAGUAUCAGAACCAAACUCUUCUGAAGCAGAUUCCGAGGAAGAAGAUGCAUUGUCAGCUCCUGAGAUAAUUUCAAAGAAGACUGUUGGUGAUAAAAAAAAAGAACCAAAAAGACCCUGUCCAUUUUGCAUGAAGCUACAGUCCUCAUUAACAAAACACAUACAAAGAUGUCACAAAAACGAAGAGGAAGUUAAAGCUGCAAUGAGCCUUCCAGGACUAGAAAGGAAACGUGCAUUUAGAAACAUGAAAAGGCAAGGAAUAUUUAAAUACAAUGCACACAUAUUGAAGUCAAAGGAUAUAAAUGAGGAAUCCAUGAAAGAAUUGUUGAAAGAAAGAGAUCAAGGCACUGACAAAGAAUUAGCAAUGUGUUCACUCUGCAAGGCUUUUAUCAGCAAGAAACUAAUGUACAAACAUGUCAGAAAUUGUAAAGUUGCAGAGGAGACUACCUCACCUCCUACUAGGGUGGUAUUGAGAGUGCUUCAAGAACAAAGUUACCCACAGGACUAUAUUCAAUUCUUAGAAACAUUUCAUAAAGAUGAACCAGGACAAAUUAUAAGAAGUGACGAAUUUUUGAAAGAAUUUGGACAUGUCGAGUUCCAAAACUGGAAGGGGUCAACUAUCAAAGCAACAGAAAAGUUGAAUACCUUAAGAUCCAAAUUAAGAAGAUUGGCCAGGCUUUUCAUUAAUUUCAAAAGUAUGGCUUUAGAAAGUGGCAUAGAAUUAAAGAGCUGUGCUGAUAUGUUUAAAGUAGGUACUGCUAAAUUGUUUUCUGCUGCUGUUCAAAAAAUGACAAAUUUUGACUCUGAAGUAGAUGACCUAAAAUGUGGACUGAAGGUGGGAUUAAAAUCUUUGAUAGUUGAAGUAUGUGAUACACUGUAUGCUACCUAUUUGAUAAAGAGAGAAGAACUUUUGGCAAAAGAAGUAAAAGAGUUUCAGGAAGUGUUGAAAGUGUACUGGAAGUAUUUUUUCAUCACAGCUAGAGAGGUGCUGAUGAAUAAGAUGCACAGCCAGUCUAGAGCUCCUACACGUCUGCCUAGUAUUGAAGAAUACCAGAGGUUGCGAGACUUUACAAAGGAAAAAAUUACAGAAAUAGUAGAGGAUAUUUAUACACCAAUGAAUCAGGGAAUAUUUUGUAAUCUAAGGAAUUUGAUAGCCUGUAGACUUACAUUAUUUAAUGCAAGGAGAGGAGGAGAGGCAACGAGAUUGACAAUAUCAGAGUUGGAAGAAGCUUUUAGUAAUAAAUGGGCAGACAAAACAUUUUUCAAGAAAAUCGAUGAAGAUAUUGAAAAACUAAUGUGCAAAAUAAUAUGUGCUUAUCUUCAUUCAUCCAAAAAAUUAGAACUUGUAUCAGUAAUAAUACCAGAUGACUGUUGGAAAGGACUUGAAAUGCUUAAAGAUGUUGAGAACAGAAAACUUGCAGGUGUUCAUCCUAAAAAUAAAUUUAUCUUUGCAAAUACGGAAAACUCAUUAGAUCAUGUAAAUGGAUGGCAGAGUGUUCAUAAAGUUUGUAAAAAUGCCGAAAUGAAAAAAAAUAUAACUGCAACUGAUAUGAGGCAUUACAUAGCUACUUAUUAUGAAUCCCUGGAUGUAUCUCCAGAGGAAAGGGACUUUUUUAUACGGAAGCACUUGGGACAUUCAAAGUUCAUUAAUGAAAAUAUUUACCAAUGCCCACCAGCUGUAAGGUUAAUGGAAACUGCAGGGAAAGUCUUGUUAACAUUGGAUUCAUAUGAAGGCAAAAACACAGACGAAAAAACUGAAUUGGAAUCAAAUGAGGUGGAUGGUGAAUUUGACAGUGAAAGAGCAAACUUUUUGGAGGAAAUAGGUAAAGCUUUUCAUUUAUAA